AUGGCUCGGGGGAGUUGGCCUCGGCGUGCCGCGGGUUCCGCGGAGCCCGGCGCGCAGGAGGCGCCCCGGGGCACUGCCUGCUGCUCCUGCCGGCGGCUCCUUCUGUCCUCGCGCGGCCGAGUCUGGCCCUGGAGAGCGGCCGCGACGGUGUCCCCCACCUGCGGGCUGGGCUCGGCCGGAUG